AUGCGGUUCACCAUCACUUCCGUUGCUGCUUUUGCUGCCACUGCUGCAGCCCUCUCCAUUACCUCUCCCGAAAAGCACGACGAUGUCGACCUGAGCAAGUCGACCACCAUCGAGUGGGAUUCGGUCAGCUCUGACCCGUCCUCCUUCGAUAUCUACCUCGUCAACAUGAACGGAUACCCCAACGUCAACAAGCUGGUUGCGGAGAACGUCAAGACCUCGGACGGCUCUUACAUCUUGAAGGAUCUUGCUGGUGUUGACAACGGCUCCGGCUUCCAAAUCAACUUCAUGUCCAACGACGACAAGAACACCGGCAUCUUGGCCCAGUCCGCCCAGUUCAACGUGGAGUCCAGCGACUCUACCAUUUCUACUACCUCUGCCUCUUCGGCUUCGACCUCGACCUCUUCUUCUUCAUCUUCAACUUCGUCUGCCUCUUCUACCACUACCAAGGGUAAGAGCACCGCCAAAUCUUGCACAUCAUCUCCCACAACCACCAACAUCCGCAAACACACCACCACCCCUUGCACUCGCACUUCUUCCUAUGCGUCUUCUACUUCUCCCUCUACCACUCUUGGUACCUCCACUGCUGCCAGCUCUUCCUCGACCGCUACCCCCUCGGAAACCAUUGUCCCUGCCAACGGUGCUGGCUCAUUGAAGGUCCCUGUUGCGGCCGCUGGCUCUCUUCUGAUGGGGUUGUACUUGAUUCUGUAA